AUGCCGGAGCAAAGUAACGAUUACCGUGUCGUUGUUUUUGGAGCAGGAGGAGUGGGAAAAAGUUCACUCGUUUUACGUUUCGUUAAAGGUACCUUCCGUGAAUCUUACAUACCUACAAUCGAAGACACAUACAGACAGGUCAUAAGCAGCAACAAAACAAUAUGUACUUUACAAAUUACGGACACAACAGGCUCACACCAAUUCCCAGCUAUGCAGAGGUUGUCAAUAAGCAAGGGACAUGCCUUCAUACUUGUAUACUCAGUAAGCAGUAGGCAGUCAUUAGAAGAGUUAAAACCAAUAUGGCAAACAAUAAGAGAGAUAAAAGGUACCGAUCUACCAAAUAUACCAGUGAUGCUGGCAGGUAAUAAGUGUGAUGAGAGUCCCGAAAUAAGAGAAGUGUCAGCAGCCGAGGGUCAAGCACAAGCACAAGCAUGGGGUGUUUCGUUUAUGGAGACCUCAGCAAAAACCAACCAUAAUGUUACACAGCUGUUUCAGGAGUUGCUUAAUAUGGAGAAGAAUAGAAACGUAUCGCUACAAGUGGACGGCAAGGGGAAAAAGAAAAAAGAGAAAACUGUUAAAGAUGGCGGCGAAGGAUCAGCAAGUGGUAGAGAGAAAUGCCUACUGAUGUAG